CCCUGCACCUCCUCAGCAGUGAGCACAGUCUCGCUUGAAGGGGGAGGAGCAGGCUGCGAGGCGCUGCUCCAUGUUGGUGUUUGUUGUGUGCGAGGGAGGCAGCACUGUGGGGAGAGCGACACAAUGUGAACGACUGACUGGCCUGCCUCCACGCUUCUUGGGCAAUGCUUUAACUUUCCCUCCGAAAACGCAGCUGAAUGGUGAAUAUUUCCGGAGAUUUUUGGCCGUGUGUCGCUGUGAGACACCGGGACAUAUGGCUGUGAGGUCGCUUCGUGCUGUGCGCAAAGACUCGCUCAGGAUGCUGGAGCUCGUCUGAGAGCACCCAGCCGAGCCGUCUUUCUCUGGAUUUUCCCUUUUAAAAAAAACAAAAACUAAGCUCUCAAUCGUUGACUCCUUCUUUAUCCUUAAACUUCUAAAGAUGUCGUUCUUCAUCUUGUGCUCGCCUCGCAACAAACCUGGAUAACGAAAGGAGUAGCUACGUGACAACACCCAGCACGACGACCAGCGGUACUUUCCUUCGGUGAGCAGCGGUUCAGCUGAGGCUUCAGCGGGCAGAGAGACGAUGUGAAGCCGCGAGGCACAUCUGCCCCAGGAUUUAUUCAGCUGUGGAGAUUUGAAUCAGCAAUUGAUGCAUCUCGGGGUGUCUGAGUCCAUGAGAGAGUGCGAGUAUAGCCAAAUAAGCACUCGCAACUCCACGCCAAUGGAGACCCCAUACAAGAAAAGGACCCCAAAGAGGAGGAAGUGGGAGUCUUUCCCAGGUCGGAAUAAGUUUUACUGCAAUGGGAGGCUUAUGAUGGCCAAGCAGACAGGGGUGUUCUACCUCACCCUUGUACUCAUUCUAGUGACUUGUGGACUCUUCUUCACUUUUGAUUGUCCGUUCCUGGCGCUGGAGCUGACCCCAGUCAUCCCAGUCAUAGGAGGUGUGCUGUUUAUGUUUGUGUUGGGGACACUUCUCAGAACCAGCUUCAGUGACCCAGGGGUGCUGCCCAGGGCCACCCCAGACGAAGCAGCUGACUUGGAGAGGCAAAUAGAUGUGGCUAAUGGCAGUACGGGCUACAGGCCUCCUCCCAGGACGAAGGAGGUGGUAAUCAACGGCCAGACAGUCAAGCUGAAGUAUUGCUUCACCUGCAAAAUCUUCAGACCACCACGUGCCUCCCACUGCAGCCUCUGUGACAACUGUGUGGAGCGUUUUGACCACCACUGUCCCUGGGUGGGGAACUGCGUGGGAAGGAGGAACUACCGUUUCUUCUACAUGUUCAUCCUCUCGCUCUCCUUCCUCACCAUCUUCAUCUUCUCCUUCGUCAUCACACACAUCAUUUUGCGCUCCCAUCGAAGCGGGUUUCUCAAAGCACUCAAAGAUAGUCCUGCUAGUGUGCUGGAGGUGGUGGUGUGCUUCUUCUCUGUCUGGUCCAUAGUGGGCCUUUCAGGCUUCCAUACCUACCUGAUCAGCUCCAACCAGACCACAAAUGAAGAUAUAAAAGGUUCAUGGUCUUCUAAAAGAGGGAAGGAUAACUAUAACCCCUACAGCCAUGGCAACAUAUUCACCAACUGCUGUGCAGCGCUGUGUGGACCCUUGCCACCGAGCCUCAUUGACAGACGGGGCUUUAUCCAAUCAGGCAAGCCGCAGCUGGCACCACCACCCAAUGGCAUCCCCAUGUAUGGCGCCACCCAGUCUCAGCAGAGCCACAUGGUCCUGAGCCACGUGCGGACUACCUGUAAUGGGCUGGAAACCAUAGGGACGUUCCCUUACGUUAGCACAUUCAGAAAUAACUGCCUUCUGCUUUUUCUAGCGGAUGAGCAGCCAGAGUUGUCCUAUUGUGCCGGCUGCUGGCCAUUUAUCCGCUCCCUGAUACAGCUGUUUACGUAAUAUCCAUUUGUUAAGCCUUUAAAAUGCUACUUGUAACACAUAAGGACUGACUAUUGAUGCUACUCACUUUAUUGCUAUGAAAUAUCGCUCUUGAAAAACCAGCUGCUCAUUUCAGGGCAUUAUAUUGUGACAUCACGUAGAUUUUAGAGAGCCUGCUGAUUUAGUGAAAUCAUUCAAACUGCAAUAAAAGUGUGUGAAUGUUCAUGAAGUGCGUAUAGCACGCUUAACUUUAACAUACCAAAGACUCAAUGGGCUGUAGCUGCGGUGGUAUUAGGCCAAUCACACGUUGCGUUAAGUUGAAGAAUGCAUGCAGUGAUUGGGCGAGUGUUUCAAUGCUUCUGGGUGAUUUUGGUAGGUCCCUUUUUUAUAAGAAAAUAUCAAUACGGAUUCCCAGCCUUACCAAACAUAAAUGAUGUAUUUUUUAUAGAACAAUAUUCUUUAGACACAAGGAUUAUUCGACUGAUUUAAAAGGAAAUGGUCAUUUCUGUUGCAUCUUGGGUCACAGGAGGUAAUUAGGAGUUACAAGAAUAUUGCUUUAGGAAAGAGGAGUUUAUUUUGCAAGUGUAAUAUUUCAAUUAUGUCAGAAAUGUUUUCUAUUUUAAAUAAACCUGCCUAAAUCUGCAUUGGUAGAUCUGACUGAAAGCUUGUGAGAAAAUGUGUGCUGCACUGUGUUGGGCAAGUUACUUCCAAAAUGUAAUACAGUACAUAUGACUUAUUACUGUCUUUUUAAAGUAAUAAGUUAGAUUACAAUAUUACUGUCUCUGAAAUGUAAUGAGUUACACUACUUUUAUAUUACUUUUGAGUUACUUUCAGCAAAAGAAUGGCUAGGUAUUUUAAAUGCUAAAAUGUAGUUUAGUGCAGCUCAUUAUACAUCCAGUGAAGGGCAAUGUGGUAUAGCAUAACACCUGCCGACCGCCUCGCUGCACAUGAUCCCUUACGUAAACACCAGGCUUACUAAUCUACCCGCAAACAUUUUCUCUGGUGUCGUAAUGUCCCACGAUGUUGGUGAAUAACAUUUUUAUUUUUUAAAACACCACUUAAUUUCGGGUUAAAAAUGUGUUGUAACGUGCGUUAGUGAGUAUUGUAACGGGUAUUAUAUUACCCAAAUGUCAUCAGUAAUGCGUUUACAUUACUGCAAAAAGUAAUACAUUACUGUAACUCCGUUACUUUUGUAACGCGUUCACCCUCACACAACUCAUACUACACAAACUGCUUUGGCCUUGUAAAUAUUUCUAUAUUUAGCCUCGUCUUCCUUCCUUUUCUUCUUUCUCUGUGACUGCCUGGGGACUGACAACCCACAGCCUCAAUUUCAGUUUCACCUCUGCUGUCAGCUGAAUGAAUGCGGGUACCAAACUUGGUUUAUUUGUUCCCAUAGGAGUUUGAUACGUUAGGUAUUUGUCAGUUUACCAAAGACGAAAUAAUACAAAUGCACCAAUUAAGUGCCAGCCACAUGGACAAUAUGUCAUCAGUCACAGAACACAAUGUGUUGUUAGGCAAAACACAGACGGCCGCAAUCUCCCAUCUCGAGAGGUGUUCAAACAUGGAACAUAAAUGGUGUCCGUUUGGGGACAGUUAUCCUUUAUUUGUUUCAAGGUUGGGAUCAUAAAUAAAAUAAAACUGUAAUUGAUCCUUUCACAAACGCCUCAUUAAGUUUGCAACAUUGGACAAACUGACUGGAAAAAAAGUACUACAACAUAUCAUCAUUUUUAUUAAUUAUGUUGUGUGAGAAAAUUGUAAAAAGAUGCAAAGGCACCCCUCCCACACAUAAAGAUAUCAGAGCCUGUACAUUAAGUUGGAAAAAGGUGAUUCUUCCAUAUUAUAUUUUUGACAUGUCAUCUCAACCUGUGCACAGUUCUGUCAUCUAAUCUAGUUCUAACGUAUAGGAUCAAAAGAGCUCUCUUAUCCUUGUUGUGUCAUCACCACCAUGUGUGAAAGCAUACCAAAACAUGUCCUGAGCUACUUCACUUGCUAUCUGCUAUCCAAGGUUAGUCCAUCCGCAGUCUACGUACAUAUUGUUCCUUGAGGUGUGUGUGUCUGUGUGUCUCUGCCGCGGGGGAUGCACAGUGCUGAGUCAGACCAGCUUUGACUGUUUAUCAAACACGAGUGGGCCUGAAAGUAGAAAGAAAGGGACCACGCGCUGUUUCCACACUGAUGAUGUAGCUCUGUGCUAACGUGGCUUUGAGCGAGGUUUCCGUGUCAUCUCAGUCCAAUAACCCUCGCUCAAAUGAGCCUGAUCAUCAACCGGGAUGGAGGCCAAGCUUGUAAAAGCGACAAGUCAAGAGCAGCUGAUACUAGGAUUGAUAACACUUAAAAUAACAUCUCCUACUGUCAAAGGUAGCUCAACUUCUGUUUAAAUCACAACUGCAAUCUGCUCUUUUAGGCCGCUGAGAUUGAGACAGAAAGGUGAGAUGUCCAGGGCCGAUGUUUGUGCUUGACAUGUCUUGUUAGUCAGACUUUGGGAAUGGCGUGUGAGGAAAGGAGGCGUUAAAGAAAUGAUUAAUUGUCUGGCUUGUAUGGCAUGCAGGGAUAAAUGACUUACAGGGUUGAAGCGAUUCUCCCCUCGGCUAAUGUGUGGUAUUGAUGAUUGGCCGCAUCCUAACCCAGUUACUCUGCUCCAGUUUUAGACGUGCAAUUUCCACUAAAGCAAGGCAGUGGAGAGCGAUAGGUCAUGAGGCUGUGACUUCAUUGUCCAGUGUUUUUUACCCUCUGUUUUUUAACCGGCACAGAUGCACGAGUUAUUGCAGGUUCUUAGUAUUGCUCCGUAUUCUAACCAGACUACUUACAACUUUUAUUUUCUCUCUCUCUCUCUCUUAUCCAAUCACCUCCCCCCUCCUCUGCUGUCCCUCCGGUGUGUCAUUUCUUCUUGCCUCAUCCAUCUAAUUUCCAACACCGCCUGCUCUGUUAUUCCUUUUCUAUUUCUGUCUUUCACCUCCUGCAUGUCUCUCUGACUUCACAUCCCCUCCUGUACUCUGCUCUGCUCACUGCUUCC